AGAGGAGGCGGGCUUACGCAGCCUGCGGCAGGUUUUGAAACGCUGCCAGCAGCGUGUCUGAGUUUCCUCCACAUCUCCUUACCACCAGAAUGCAGACGUCUAUCACCCAUAAAGUGUGUCUUAAUCCUUUUCAUGAGUUAGCUCCGUUAGAAGAUUGUCCCUUCAUCCAUCCACAGCUCUGAACAUGGGCUUCAUUGGGAUGAAGGAGACGCAGAUCCAACUGAAGGGAGAUUACAAUGAGGCAGCCGUUGUGGAGGAGAUCUGAUGAGGUGUGUGGGCCUGUAGCGUGACUCAGAGUGGGAGAUGAGGACCAUUCUCUCUGUGUGUGGAGGCGGGGAUGGAGGGGAGUCCCGCGGCCUCCGCAGCAGGGUAGGCAGGAUGAAGAAGCUGUUUGGGCUCAGGCAAAGUCAAUGCGUCAAUGUCCACAUGGACAUGGAGCCCGGCGUGUGGCUGACCAGCUUCCAGCCGUUGGACACUGAUGGACGGUAUGGGGAUCCAGUGCAGGAGUGGGGGGAAGAGCAGGAGAAUGGGGCUGUGUUUGGCAUCACGCUACGCAGGGAGCCUGUCCUGCAGAAUUCAGACACAACAGACCUUCCAUCCACAUCAAGCUUUGUCCAGUACCACACAGUUAAGGUCCGAAGGCUGAAGGCCGGCAACCUGGAGCAUCUGGUCACAGAACUGCUGAAUCCGGAGUCCCAGGAGCUCGACUUCAUCCACAUCUUCCUCUCCACCUACAGAGCCUUCACAUCCACCAGCACUGUCAUCGAGCUGUUGUUUCAGAGAUAUGACUCAACAGCUAACCCGGAUAACACAGUCUCCUCACGCAGCACCUUACCCCCAGUGAUCCGUCUGUGGCUGGAGGAGUACAGCAAAGACUUUCAUGAACCCUCUCACUACCAGGCUCUCCGGUUAUUGUGUGCCAACUUGCGUCGUCGUCUCUGCUUUCGUAGAUUAGCACACACUGCUGAGGCGCUCCUUAAGAGGCUCCAGGAGACAGAUUGCAGCCAGUCAGCAUCAGCACACCACAAUGAAUCAUUGCAACAAGAGCACGGUGAUCUGGAGGACAGAGUUGAGAAGUCCACAGAAGAUGAAGACAAAUACAACUUUAUGCUCUUCCCAGUGAGAGAGGUGGCAGAGCAGCUGACUAGAUUGGACGCAGAACUGUUUGUCAGAGUGAUUCCUUUCGACUGUCUUGGCUGCGUCUGGUCUCAGCGUGACAAAAAAGAAAAUCGAAACAUUGCGCCCACUGUCCGAGCCACCAUCUCUCAGUUCAACGCUGUCACCAACCGUGUCAUCACCUCACUCCUCUGCCCAUCCACCCCUGGCCCUUCCACUUCCUCACCUGCUUCAUCUCCAGGCUCCUCCUCUACCUUCCUGUACCCCUCCACUGCCCCAAGCUCACCUCGCUGUGCUCGCAACAGCCCCGCCCUCAGAGCAAGCAUCAUCGAGAGGUGGAUUGCCGUUGCUCAGGAGUGUAGACAGCUGAAGAACUUCUCUUCACUCAGGGCCAUCCUUUCAGCCCUGCAGUCCAAUGCUGUGUAUCGCCUCAAGAAGACCUGGGCUGCUGUCAGCAGGGAGAGCAUGGCCACCUUGGACCACUUAUGUGAGACUUUCCUUGACGAGAACUGUGUGCUAACCAGCAAAGAGGACUUAAUGGAGGAUGGGAGUCUCCCUGAUGGCAUUUCCACCCCUGGCUCCAAAUCAACCCAGCUCUGCUCAGCGACCAGACAGACGAACUCCAGCAGCGGUGUGGUGCCGUACCUUGGCACUUACUUGACUGUCUUCACCAUGCUGGAUACAGCGCUGUCUGACAAUGUGGAGGGCGGACUCAUCAACUUUGAGAAGCGCAGACGGGAGUUUGAGAUUAUCUCUCAGAUUCGGCAGUUUCAGACUUCCUGCUCUGCCUACAAGCUCCCAGUCAACACUCACAUUACCACCUGGCUGCGGACACAUGCACUGCUUACAGAUCAAGAGAGCUAUGAGCUCUCUAGAGACCUGGAACCUCCAGUCGACCCAUGUCCCAACUCCCCCAACUCAUGGAGCAGCCGUCUGCUCACCAAGAAGCUCACCACGUUGCGUUCAUCCAGUGACUGCUCUCUCAGGAAGACCCAUGCUGACCAGAUCAGCGUGUCGUCUUCUGGCUCCAGCAGCUCAGACAUUGACGACCUCUCCGCCCCGCAGUCCACCCCCCUCAGACUCAAACUCAAGUCUUUCUCGGGCUCUCUUCACAACGUCGCAGAGGACUCUCCCUACAGCUCCAUGUCCAUCUCUCCCAGUCUGUCCAACUCCUCCUGCAGCUCCUCACAGCCAGACCUCAGCUCUUCUUCUCUACUUCUGAGCCACGACUCGUCUUCGUCCAGCUGCUCCUCUCCCCCUGCAGCGCUUCCCCUCUACAACAAGCAGGUUGCUGACUCAUGUAUCAUCAGGGUCAGUGUGGAGUGUGUCAGCAAUGGAAACAUCUACAAGAGCAUACUGCUGACCAGUCAGGACCACACGCCUCAGGUGAUUCAGAGAGCGCUUGAAAAACACAACAUGGAGGACAUCAGCUGCCGGGAUUUCAGCCUCUGCCAGAUGCUCAACAAUGGAAAAGAGCUCCAGAUCCCUGACAACGCCAACGUUUAUUACGCCAUGAGCACCUCUGCAAACUUUGACUUUGUGUUACGACCACGCUGGAGGAGACACUUGGGCUCCGUGUCCAGUCCUGCAACUCUGCGCAAGAACCGCCAUGCCAAGUGGAAAUCAUGUGUCCUGGAUGACUUUUAGGGUUAUAUUUAGAAGACAGAGGAGCUACUUAUCUGCAACAACAACACAACAGGAACUGUUUGUAUCUACUCAUCACCGUGACAUUACCACUGUGCAGCAUAGACAAGUCGCUCUAACAUGGAACUUUGUCUGAAAGAACUGAGGAGCUGUCAACAAGAAGUUUGUCAACACCUGGAGUAACACUGAAAUGUUUCAUAUUAGACAUGAUGAAGAAGUGAUGCACUGAGAGAGGAGUGUUCAAAUAUGCAGGAAAAGGGACAGACGGGAUGCAAGGUAUAGAAUUCUCUCACUGUCCAAUAUCUUAUUAGAUAUUAUCUUUGGAUAGAUGAACCAAGUUUCACCUGAGCCCUGUGUCCUAAUAUGCACUCACUGUAAUGUGGACAAAUGAGCAUUGCAUAAUGUGUCAUGACUAAGGAAAGCACUGCUGAACAGUGGAAAUGAGGAGUUGUUGGUCUGGGAAAACAAACGCCCAGGACAGAUUUCAGCUGCAGAGUCGUGCUGGCAGACUGGCUUUAGUUCGUGGUCUGGAACAGUUACAGCAAGCGUGGGACUUUCUUUUAGAUUGUGAGCCAAGUGACGACCAGCCCCUUCAACCACACGAAACCAGUGACUAAGAAGGGAUGCUCACUGUUAGCUGAUGAGUAAGCAGUCCCACAUGGAUGUGGGUCAAUGUGAAAUGAGUUGUUUUGCAGACGUGCUGAGCACAAGAAGUAUGAGACAGUGUUUGACACACUGUGAGGACUCCAGCCUAUAAGCCCUGGUGAUGACAUUUUAUCAGUCUGAUGAGUCUGUUAGAGGUACUCUGGGUAAAGAUUUUAAUAUUUUAAUGUAACUCUAAGUCAAUUUAUCUAUUUAAGUUAUUAUUGCAUUUCAGUAUUCAGCUUCUAGAGCUACAGCUGUUUCUAUAAUUGUUUGUUUGUGUUUGUCUUGUUUUUUUGCAUCUUUUGCGGAUCCUUUAGUCUUUUCUUUUUUGGUCUUCUAUGCUACAGUAUUUUUAGACAAAAAUAUAUUGAAAUCGAUUUCUUUGGUAUCCGAUAAGCUAAGAAUGAAGGAAGAUGACUUUUUACUGUCUGGUGCUUUUAAAUGAAGGAGUCAUUGUAUGUGAGCAAAGUGUGCACAUGAUAUAAAUGUUAAUACCCCCUCUGAUGGACUGUGACAUUUGAGGGGGCAUAGCUCAUUUUGUAUAUCCAGGCUAACUAAAGAACAACUAGCCAUCUCAGUAAGCGGUAUGUAGCUGUUUUACUUGAGUAAGGCAGUGAAAGAGAUGAAUCUGUAAAGUGGUUUCUGGUACGUGCAUAUGAAGCGUAAUGGUAUGUACUUUUGUUUUUUUUGACGGGUAAGAUCAGCUCAGAGAUGCAAAAUCCCCCAAAACUCUAUGCAGCAUUUACAAGCAUGAAAAGAAAACUUGUUAGAAUAUGAAGUAAAAAUCUGUUUAUUUUCAGUCUUUGGGGGAAGCCCACAGAGGGACUCUAAUCCCUAUUUAUAAUUAACACAGUUAGUUUAGACUGUUCAGUUUUAUGCAGGGUUUUGCAUCUAUGGGUGCAGUAACACAGCUGCUUUGGUUUUAUUGAACAUCUGGUUACAGGUUGGUAAUGUAGGUAUGGCAGCUGCGAUACACAGUAUGAAGGAGUUUUUAUUGUGCCUUAUGUUAUGUCUCUGUCAGUAUGUCACUCUCUGUCUGAUAUAUUAUAACUACAUCAGUUAAUUUUCUCUUUCAUCAUGCUUUUGAAAUAUGUAAAGUUGUGAAUAUCACAUGUAGUGAUUGUAACUGUAUGACAACAGAUUCUUUAUUUUUGAAACUCAAAUCUAAGCACUUACUGUUUAUAACAAGUAUUAAGUGUCCACUAAUAAAGCCAAUUUAACAUUGA